CAGAGACGAGAGGAAAGAAAAGGGCAAGGAAGGGACCUGUAAUAAAUUCAGCCUCUCACUCUUGGCGCCAAUCCGAUUUAAAGCGAAAAAACUGCUAGUUUUCUUUUGACAUUUUAAUGAAAUUCGCGGUGAACUGCUGCUUCUCCCACAGCCAUCGAUCGGUGCUACAGCAAGCUAGCCUCGUUAGCACAUUAUCUAUCAUUGUCAUAUUAAUCUGGCCCCCUUCUCACUGUCUGUAGUCACGAUACUAAUAACUCAGCAACAGUAAAGCACAGGGACAAUAGAGGUGUGUUUCUCCAGGGGCAUCGAUAAGACAAGGCUACAAAAUGGGGAGAAAGUCCAACAGAGCAAAGGAGAAGAAAGCCCGGCGUCUGGAAGAGAGGGCAGCCAUGGAUGCAGUCUGUGCAAAAGUUGACGCAGCAAAUAAGCUUGAUGACCCACUGGCUGCUUUUCCAGCCUUCAAAAAGUACGACAGAAAUGGGCUGAACCUGCAGAUAGAGUGUAAGAGAGUGACCUCGCUCAACCCACUGUCUGUGGAGUGGGCCUUCGAACUCACUAGAGCCAACAUGCAGACAUUGUACGAGCAGAGCGAAUGGGGCUGGAAGGAGAGAGAAAAAAGGGAGGAGAUGAACGAUGAGAGGGCGUGGUAUCUGCUGGCCCGCGACGGUGACUCUGCUCCUGUGGCUUUCUCUCACUUCCGAUUUGAUGUGGAGUGUGGGGAAGAAGUUUUAUAUUGCUAUGAGGUACAACUAGAAAGCAGAGUGCGGAGGAAAGGGCUCGGGAAGUUCCUCAUUCAGAUACUACAGCUCAUAGCUAACAGUACACAGAUGAAGAAAGUGAUGCUGACUGUUUUCAAACACAACCAUGGGGCUUACCAGUUCUUCAGAGAAGCUUUACAAUUUGAGAUAGAUGAAACUUCACCAAGCAUGUCCGGUUGCUGUGGCGACGACUGCUCUUACGAGAUCCUGAGCCGGCGGACCAAACACGGCGAGGCCUCGGCUGGACACACCCACGGCGGCGGGCACUGCGGGGGCUGCUGCCACUGAUCCGCUUCAGCCUCGCACCUUUUACGAUUGGUUUAAAGCCAGCAACUUUUCUCGGUGGCUGUGUGUGAAAGCUUGAGCUGCCUGCUACUCUGCAGACGUUUUUAAGUUGAACGCUGCAGUGCGCCGUCAAAAACGAACAGAUGGCGGAACACCUGGCUACAGAUGUUGUCUCAGUAUGGAGUGAGAUUUAUGUUUACUUUUGUGUAUUCCUGCUUUAAAGGCAUUAUGCAGUGUGAGCUUUCACACAUAGCUUCGUUUUCCCCUACUUCUCGGUUUAAUGUCAGCCAUCUUUUCUCCUCUUAUCCUAGAUAAUGAAAUCAGUAGUGAAGUCAGCAUCAAGCUAAUGCAGUGCAGACAUUUUCUACCAUUUCAUUACAGUGAACCUCAUCCUAGCCUGCUCUCAUCUCAUUAACAUGUUAUAUCUGUGUGGAUCAUUGUGCAACACCUUACAAAGUUUGGGGCUAAAUUGGCUGCUAGAACACCGAAUUCCAUCACCUACUGUCAAAAUUUUCUCAAAUCUAAGUUUGAAUUUUACAGUAAUUUUACUUAAACCAUGCCCUCAAUUAAAUAACUGUUAAUGCAGACGAGAUAAAAAAGUUCUGUUUUGAAGCCCUUGUUUUCUAUGGGACCUCUCACUGAGACUACUAGUUUGUUUUACUGUCCCUGGAUUUGCCUGUAUGAAAUAGUAUUAGGGUUCCAGAAAACCAGCCUGUGAAGCCUCGCUGUGAUGUAAUAUCAGCUGUUAGAGUUGUAAGCUUUGUGUGGCUUGCAGGUUUUCUAACAACUUCAUUGCAGCUAGCAGUAACUGCACUGUUCAGAACCAUAACAUUUACUACUGUUGCAAGAUUAAAGUUUGCUGUAAGGACCAGGUGACAUCUUAAUAUGUAGAUUCACAUUUGCUUUAAACUGCUGAUAACUUUUCAGACAAGAUGCCCAAGAUUGCCUUUUUUAAACGAUGCUAAAGCUUUCUACAGUUGAAUUUAGUGAAAUAUUAAAAUCCUGUUUGUUUCCAUAAAUUUUCCUCCAACCCUGAUAAUAAUCCCAAUGUGGCUGUCUUGAAUCAGAUGUUUAACGUGCUUUAAAUGUCAGCCAUCAGAGGUGCAUGUCGGGGACAUCUGCUUCAGAGAAAGCAUGGGGUUGCCUAGAUUUUGAGCCUUUAUUCCCAGCACCUUUGUGGUCCCGGGCUCCAGUUUUGUAAGAUUGUACCUCCUUCAUUCAUCUGUUCUUUGUGCCUCUAUUCUCCCUCCUUGUCCUAAAAGCGCUGACCUGUCUCAGCAGGUCUGUUUUGUCUUUUUCAUCCUUGUAAAAUUUCAUCACUCCUGCUUGCCUCUUUGUUCGCCCAUUUCCAAGAGGUACUUAGAUAAACAAGUUGAUGUUAAUGCUAGAUUUUGCUGUAUUUAAAAAAUACUUAAACAUCUUCGAUCCCUUACCUUACUCAUUUUGUUAGCAUGAGCAAAUCAUAUUGAUUUAACAUGGAUUAAGAUUGGUUCAAGUGACCUCUUAGUUUUCUGAGCGUUUGAAGCUGGUGAAUGCUUUUAACUUGGGGGAAGGAACAUGGAUUGAAUGCAUGAAUGGUAGAUUGAUUGUAGAGCACUGCGAGUGUUUUAUGGUUGUUAUUCUUUUUUCAACUGUUUUCCCAGCAUCAGUUUGCAUGAGAAAAGUCAAUAUUUUUAAGUAAAUUUGUAAUCAGAUCAGGAUUACAGAAGAGCAGUGCUCCAGUACUCAUUGUAUGUUAAUUCUUGUGAAAUAAGAAAUCAAAAGUUCAGUAUUUCAUACAGAUCUCUCAAAAUCAUUCUAAACUGGAGCUUCUGUAUGUGAGGGGGUUUGUAUUUAAUAUCAGAGAAGUGCUGAUGCAUCUUGCAACAAACUCAGUGCUGUAAGAUUUUGUACAUCCACUGCUGAGAUCUUUGUAGGUCGUCCUAGAACUUUAAAUACCAUUCAGCCUAAAAACAGCUGCUGUAACCUCCACACAAAAACCAUUUGGGUUUUUUGGACACUUUUAAAUGGGAGUGUCUGGGUCAUCUAUAAACCACCAUUAACCCCUUUAGCUCCAGAACUCUUUUCAUAUUGUACAGAUUUUACCUGUGGACUGGAUGUGAGGAGAUCCGUAUUCAUACCUGACUGAAAGGGGGUUCAGUUGGUGUGCUUUGAAAGGUUUUUAAGGCACUUUGAGCUUGAGAUUUAAUACUGAUAAACGCCAGGUGACAGAAUGUGAAACAGGAGAGACUUAAAUGUGAAGACGUUUUCUUAGAAACUCUAAAUCUGAAAUCAUCUUUAUAUCAUAAAUUGAUAUGUGCCACAGGAAAAGGCCUUUCAGGUGACUAAGUCCAGGUCUGGGGUGACGUGUUGGAUCGUUUUCAGACCGAGUGGAGUUGAAAUUUAUUCAGCGAAUGGAGACGACUUAUCGGGGUCUCUUGCUCAUUUGAUCAUGAACAGCAAAAACAGUUAAACAUCGUAUUGCUUGUUUUAGUGUUAGAUUACCUUCUGAUAAAUAUGGUUAAUCAUUUUUGUACUACAUAGGUUACUAUAAAAAGAGGAUGUUGUACAUAAUGGUAGAAUAUCAACCGACUGACAGUCUCUCUCUCAGGUUAAUCAAACGUAAUCAAACCUCAUCUGUUACAUUUGGCAGCCAUGUUGUCAGAGUUAUACUGGGUUGGAGUAGCCAAAGCUCUUAUCUAGGGUCAGUUUUCUGUAUGCUUUAGUACAAAAAAAAAACUAAUUUGGGAGCAUUUUCUUUAAUUCCGCUUAAGUGGAUUGAUUUUUAUACAUUGCUUUGAACGAUGAUUAUACCAUCUUAAGUUUCCUUUAAAAAAAACAUAGACUGCUAAUGCUGACCCUAGAUAACUGCUUAGGUGUUCAUUCAUACCAGACAGAUGGGCUGUCUUAAAAAAGGCUCCUUGGCAGUAAAACUGCCCUUGUGAAGAAAAUUUUAGUUUGAAAAUGAGCCACAAUUCAACCAGUUUAUUUUAGGUCAAUGAGUGCUUUAUUUUAGAAAAUGGUUUCAUACCCUUACAGACUUUUCUCUUUGUAAAUAUAUAUAUAAAUAUAAUCUGUUGUGGAUCCAUCUUCAUUUUCAUUUCUUGGCCUUUACAGGUGAAAUACUUUUUUUAAAACAGGAUGUUGGAAAAAAAAGAGAAACCUCCAUGUUUGAGAGUGAGUGUUACAGUCCUGUCCAUUAACGACAAUGAAAGGGAAAACUGAGUCAUUAUGCCUUGUCAGUGUUUUAUUUGUAUGUAACAAAUAAAGGAAAGUUGUUUGACUUUUCAA